AUGGAUCUCGUAUCUCUCGACGCAAGCGAGCAUGCCAACUACCCGGAAUACUGCUCUCUGCUCUUCCAGGGCAAGGCAAGCAAGCAGCUCUCCUUCGAGCAGAUCGCAAACCACCUCGGCCGCAGCGAGGUAGCAGUGGCUGCUCUCUUCUACGGCCAUGCCAGGGCGUCUCCCGAAGAUAUCGACAAGCUCUGCACGCUGCUCGGGAUCCCGCCGGCCGACCUGAAGAUGCGUCUGCGAGGCUUUCCUGACCGCGGAAAGGGAGUUGACAUGCCGCCCCGGGAUCCUCUCAUCUACCGCCUGUACGAGAUUGUGCAGAACUACGGUCAGGCAUACAAGGCCGUGCUGAACGAGAAGUUCGGAGACGGCAUCAUGAGCGCCAUCGCCUUCUCGACCAAGGUGGACAAGGAGGUCGACGAGCAGGGCAACGCCUGGGCGGUGCUCACGAUGAAGGGCAAGUGGCUGCCAUACACUCGAUUCUGA